AUGAACCAAAAUAUUGGACGGGGCGAAUUUUCUCAGUUCCCCAAUUUGUCACAGACAAGCUGCCAGGAAGACGAUGUUUCAACUUACGUUCAACAUUUAAAUGCCCUCUAUUCAGAUUUUGAAUCUAGGUUUGAGGAUAUUUUGAGUAUGGUAAUACCACCGUGGAUAAUUAAUCCAUAUGGUGACAUAGAAGAAACGAAUGACAUAAUACAAGAGGAACUGACUGAACUAAGUACAAAUGAAGAACUUAAGGUACAGUUUAAAAACGGAUAUCAGCAAUUCUGGCUGCAAAACAACAUACCCGUUACUUAUCCCGUAUUAUGGAAUAUAGCGAGGACAUUUUUAAUUUCCUUUCCAUCGUCAUACCUAGUGGAAAGGGGGUUCAGCGCUGUUACCAAUCUCCUAACGAAAAAAAAGAAACAGACUGGACAGCAUUAG